AACUAUUUUUUUUUUUUUGUGCGUGUUUUUCCAUUGACAUAUCGUAGAGUUCCGGCUCGUUUAGAGAGACAUUUGAGAGCUAGCAGAUUGCAAAUUGCAACGAAUUAGAAGCUGCAAUGUCGGCGUUUACGGAGACGGCGCUCAUCAAGAAAUUGGCGGAGCUGAACAGCAGCCAGCAGAGCAUCCAGACAUUGUCCCUGUGGCUGAUUCACCAUCGGAAGCAUAGUGCAGCCAUCGUGAAGACCUGGCAGCGGGAGCUGGAGAAUGUGCCGGAACCGAAGAAGCUGACUUUUAUGUACCUGGCCAACGAUGUCAUUCAAAACAGCAAGAAAAAAGGCCCCGAGUACGGCAGGGAGUACAGCAAUGUCCUGGCCAAGGUGUUUGCCCACAUUGGGGAAAAGUGCAGCUCGGACAAGCUGCUGGGUAGCCUUGGGCGCAUCCUCAACAUUUGGCUGGAGCGUGGCGUCUACGAUGCAAAGGCCAUAAACGAUUACCGGGCACGCCUGCACCGAGAGUCGGGUGGCAGCAAAAAUGGCAGCAAAUCGAACGACGCCGAAGCAGGGGACAAAGAGCGGGAGAAGGAGCACAGCAGCAGCAGCGGAGCAGGUGGAGGCAGCGGCAGCAGAUCGGAAAAGUCAGAGCGGCGGGAAAAGCGCAAGCAUGAGGAGCGACACGCAAAGUCAAAAAAACAGCGACACCAUCAUCAUCAUCAGAGCAGCAGCAGCAGCUCCAGUGCUCCAGCCCCAGCAGAGGAAGUGGCUGCAGAGCCAGAAAACGGGCACACUCCUCCCUACGUGCCGCUGGGUGAGCCACCCGAGCCGGAGGAGCUGAUCAAGGCACUCACAAGCAUCGAAAACUCGGCCUCCAGCGAUGCCGAAGUGCGUGAACGCAUUGCAAAGCUUCCGCAGGAGAUAUCCGAGAUCAGUUGCAUCACCAAGCUGGAGGACAAGGAUAAGGCGAAGGCAUUGGCCAAUCAAGUCAAUGAGGCUGUGGAUUUGCUCAACGAUUACAACUCACGGCUGGCGGCCGAGAUGGAGGAGCGCACCAAAUUGGCAGCAAUGCUGCGUGACUUUCAGGCGGAACAAAAGGAGCUGUUGGCUCAGGCGGAGACACGACUCGAUGAACACAAGAAGAAGCUGAACAAGAUGCUGGGCCUGCAGAAGGAGAUACACGAUCAUCUCUCCAAUUUGCCGGACUUGACGCAGCUGCCAGAUGUAACGGGCGGACUGGCACCCCUGCCCUCCGCCGGCGAUCUCUUCAAUGCCCUGCACUGAAGCGAGGAGUCACAUAAACCAGCAACUACUUAAACCACACCAAGAAACACAACGCCACAGAAGACUCCCCACACAUCAUAGACGUCGUAGUUGUCACCCCACUCCUGCACACCACACCCCCGCGAAGAUUAUUGCCCAGAUUAUUAUAGUCCACAACAUUAUAUUGACGGUUGAAUACAGAAUUUAAUUACGAGCAAAACUUA